UAUUGUCUUUGUUUCAUCAACCGAUCACUGACUGUAAAGUAAAUUACUCAAUAUUUCUCUGCUACAUUAAACAUAAUUUAAACAUUCUGGUUCAAAGUGAUUUUAGCGCCAGAGACAUAAAAUAGCCGGAUUUAUUGCUGUAUAAAUAAAUAAAUGGCAUUUUUCUAAUAAGUCAAAAAGACAUUUGACUGCAUAUAUAUAUACAUAUAACGUAACAAUAGAAAAGCGGAUAAAUUGUGAAACUGAAUAUUAUAGUCAGAGUUACGAUCCGACUGUACAACUGCCAUACUUAAUAAGAAUAGAGAUUGGAUUUUAUACACAGACUUUAUGGCUACUCUAGCCUAUAAUGAACUGUGGGCUUUUAAUGGAAAAUAAAUGAUUGUCAUACAAAUGUAUAUACUUUUUUGAUGAGAAAAUGAAAAGACUCCGAUCUAGUUAGAUAUUCGCUCACACAUGGAUUGCUAAAUAAAUUAAUAAUAACUAUCAAUAUCAGCUCAUUUGCUGGAUUGAAGUAUUACAAAAUUAUAUUUCUAAUUUAUGAUGAUGGAGCGAUUGUACUAAUUACUGUUGACUGAAAUCAAAGCGUGACGGAUGCUGUGAACAUUAGUUAUGUUUUAAUACCUUCAAGAUUCAAACGGAUUUGGACAGAAGCCACUCUGAACAUGGAUAUCAGGCUGGUCUUGGACAUGGUUUUCCUCUGGAUUCUCAGUUUCCCCAUCGUCAAAGGGAAGAUCAGGUGCGCGUGUAGUACGCUGGACUGUUACGCGGAGAGGCGGAAGUUCUGCGAGGCGGAUACGCAGUGUUAUGUGGAGAACCUCAGUUCCGUGGUAACACGUGGCUGCAUCGACGAUAAGACGCCCAUACUGUGUGACAACCGGAAGUCGACGAAACUGGCUCACCUUGACUUCCCCUUACUGUACUGCUGUAAGGAAGAAUUCUGUAACCGGAGGGUGGUGCCCACUGAACAGCCAUCUGUGGCACCCGAUCUCAAUCACUCCAACGACGAUGACGUCAAUCCUUACGUCAGAUACGAGUACGAGGACGAGGAAGAGAAGGAACGCCAGCCUUGUCAGAACACUUCUGAUUCCAAACUCAACCCUAUAUACAUCGCCGUGCCUAUAGCGGGUGUGUGCGUGUUGUUAGGUCUCAUAAUAUUCGCCAUGUACUUGUUACGGCGGCGUAACGAUAUGUAUGCUCAAUAUGACGCCUAUAGAUACCAGGAACACAUGGCAACACUCGCAAAUAAGCAGAACGAGGCGAAAAUGACUCAAAGUUGCGAAACCCCGAAUAGGUGUACGGACAGUGAACGGUCUUCUCAGGGAAGUGAAACAAAGUUAUUCCUGAAUAAGUGAAACUUUCAUUCGUCGCUAAUGUCUUGUUCAACGUGUAUACGACAUCAGUUGGUAAGUUGGAAAGCUGUUUCGGCUGGAGCUGAUACAAUUGUGUGGGCUGCAACUUCCCUUUUACUGUGCAAACUACGGUAGACUGCGCCUUGUACAGUGCGCACUAAGGUAGACUGCGCAUACCGUCUGCUGCAGUUCCCCUUGUACAGUGCGCACUAAGGUAGACUGCGCAUACCGUCUGCUGCAGUUCCCCUUGUAAAGUGCGCACUAAGGUAGACUGCGCAUACCGUCUGCUGCAGUUCCCCUUGUACAGUGCGCACUAAGAUAGACUGCGCAUACCGUCUGCUGCAGUUCCCCUUGAACAGCGCGCACUAAGAUAGACUGCGCAUACCGUCUGCUGCAGUUCCCAUUGUACAGUGCGCACUAAGGUAAACUGCGCAUACCGUCUGCUGCAGUUCCCUUUGUACUGUGCGCACUAAGGUAGACUGCGCAUACCGUAUGUUGGUGAAGGGUUCUCUUUGUAUAUCGCGAUGAUAUGACUUUUACUCGGACGAUUCGGCAUAUGGAUCGAUUGCAGAUAGAACCGGACAAAGGGGAGUUGUCUUUUAAUACAAAAUGAAUACAGCAAAGACAAAUAAGUCAGUUGCAAUUUUCAGAUUUCGAAGUAUUUGUGUCGAUAGGAAAGGCUUUUGAUGUUGGUGGUGGUUGUAAUGAAUGCAGACUAUAUGUAAAGCAUUAAGAGAACACUGUUUUAAACAUUUGCUGUGACUUAUUAUGGACAAUAAUUGUAAAUAAUUAUUAGAUUGGUAUAGCAAAAAGACCGCAUUCGCGUGUUAUUACAAAUGUGUAACCCAAGAACAAUGACGCGUAAAACCAUGGGCGUCGAAGUGGCUCAACAGUUACAUUACUAUAAUGGCAUUGAUAUAGCUGUAAUGUAUACAUGUUGUUGUAUUCCAAAGUAAAGAUACACGUGUAGAAUACAGUUGCAGAUAAACCUUCCGCGCCAAACUAUAGCUACAGCUGUUUAUUCACAGCAGUCGUUGAUAUUUUAGUUACAGCUGUAGCUAUAAAUUCACAGCUGUAGCCAUAUUUUGGGUUUUACUGGUGUCGAUACUUUCAUUUGUAAGCCACUGGAUACGUCAUAUUAAACUGACAACAUAUUUUACAAAGCAACCACGUAACGGCUUGGAAGGCUUGGCAGUUCUCGAGGACAUAUCCCGCACUAAGUCAUAUAGAAAGAACCAAGUGACAAGUCUUGAAACACGUUUCUAAAGUUUAAUAUUGUACAAUGGAAACAAUUAUUGAUUUAAUUAAGACCACGUUAUCAAAUAUACGACUUUUUCUCUUUUAUAUAAUGAGAUUUUUUGAUGGCAAACGUCGCUGUGACAUGUACUAUGGGAUCACGCGGUGUUUAGGCGGUUUCCUGCUCAGGGAAAUAUUCUAUUAUUCUGUUGUAUAUAAACCAUGAUUUCUUAUGAACAUAUUUAACGCAUUGUCCAUAAGCCCUUUGUUUUUGUGCUCGUUACAUUCAUCUACUGUUAUGGACUCACGUAGAUUUUGCAGACAACUCGUAGUGCCGAUGGUAUUAUCUGAAAUAAAACCUGAAUGUUUCAGCUAUAUGCCUAACUUGGUAAUAUCACGUGAUAACAUCGACUAGCCAAUCACGCAUAAGGAAUGAAUUCUACUAGGUAGACAUACCUAGUAAUCUUUUGGAAAAAUACGAAAAAUACGAUAAAUUCAUUGUUAACUAUUUGGUACUUCAGUUAGUAAGUUUCAAUGCAUUGUACACAUCGAUACCACGGGUAUGUCAGUUUUCGUCAAUUUUCUUUUUUUUUUUUCGCUAUUUCAUCAUAAGGAGUACAGCCCCUUUAAAGUAAUUUGUUGUAAACAUAUUCAUGAUUUUAAGAAAGAUAAAGAGAAAAGCUUGCUAUUUUUAUGGUGGCAUGUUACUGUCGUAUUAUAACCUGUCGAAUUGUUUUGACUUUAUUUUCGCGAUAAUUAUCCAACUGGUUAUCUACUUAUGAUUUUCGAAUUUCACUUAGUAACUGGUAACACGAAUCUUAUCUAGUUAACCAUUUUUAUGUUAGUUAUUAAGUGGAAUUCGCAUACCAUAACUAGUUAACCUGCUAGUCUUUUGACAUUAAUCUUACCGAAAACAGUUUCGCGAAUGUUAACUAGAUAGCUGGAUAAUUGUUGCGGAAAUUAACUGGUUGACAUAAAACAAAUCACGUACGUUAACGGCAUUUACGGCAGUUAUAUGCAACCAUAAUUCGUUGAUCAAAUCAUUUCAACAUAUUUUUUUACGAAAAUUAUUUCAGUUAUGUACUCAGUUUAGUUAUUUUACAAUUUAAUUUAACAACCAAUGAACCAUUUAGUAUAUCUAAUCAUUUUCGACCUCUUUUUGCAUUGUUUUAUCAUAUGUUAAUGAACAGUAAUGUGUUAUGCUCAGUGACUUCAGUUUUGUAACAGUGUGUCAUGUUGUCGUAUGUUUUGUCUUGAUGGAUGACCGACAAAGUAUUAGAAUGAUUUGUAUGUGGUACUUGGUAUGGUUAUAUGGUAUGUGCCACUAUAAAAUAUAUGAAAAUA